UUAAUUAGUAAAACAACGUCGUUUUGGCCCGUUAUCAUUGAUUUUUCAUAAUAACCCUGGAACUGCGAAGAAGCCGGAAAUUAGGGAUGGAAGAGGAUCUCAACGGCGUCGUUCCAUGCUCUUCCCUCGCCGUUGAUUCCAUUCUCCGAGUAGGAACGGCAGGGGGAAUCUGGGGCUCAUGCAUAGGUCCGUAUGAGGCACGCAAAAGAGGAUUGUCUGGCGCAGCUCGUGCUUCCUUCGUGGCAAAGUCAAUCGGAAAAUUCAGCUUUCAAUGUGGGCUUGUUGCUGGAGUCUUUACUUUUACCCAUUGUGGAAUUCAAAGAUAUAGGAAAAAGAACGAUUGGGUGAAUUCUGUAAUUGCGGGUGCUGUGGCAGGGGCAGCUGUUGCUGCUGGGACACGAAGUUGGCCACAGGUUGUUUGGAUGGCUGGUCUGGUUUCUGCCUUCAGUGCUGCUGCUGACUACUCCAAAACAUUUUAAAAUGUGAAAAAACAUUUCUGGUGCUGGAAAACUAGCUAUGAAGAAAGGAGGGAGGUGAUCUCAGCAUUGUGUGCAACAUACAAAAAUCAGUAAUCUUCAAUUCAUACCUGUUGUUUGAUUUUUCAGUUAACUCCAUAAGCAUUGUUAUCUGAUAUAUUUCAUGUUGAAUUUAGAAUAGGUUGAUUUACUUCCAAAUUUAAUUUACUCAACAAAGCUGGAGAAAUUGUUUCUGAUUUAAUCAUAAUCGGUUUAUUCACCAUAAA